GAAGUUUUUCUGCAUUUCAUUUUGACUGCAAAAAAUGCCUCUAAUGACUGCACUUUUUUAUUUCAGGUUCGUGGCGGACCAAAAGAUGCGCUUAUUGCAUUCGCAACACAGCCGUCAGGAUCACUUCUUUAUCAGGAAGCAUUCCUAGCAACUUAUCGUAGCUUUGUUACAUCGUACGAACUUGUUCAGAAAUUGAUUAAGAGAUAUUCGUACAUGUGUGCAGGAAAGGAGCGACAAUCAGUGAAAGUAGCGAAUCAGACGUUCUCGAUGCUAGCACGAGUAGUCGACGAAUUAUGUGCCGUGGAGCAGACCCGAAAGCUUAUUCGAUUAAUAGCGAAAUUCAUAAGCCGUCUUAUAAGUGAAGAUAAAUUAAAGUUCGCGAAGAUUCUCAGGUUUGCAACAUUCAGUUUGUAUAAUAGAACUAUGCAAUUUUAUAAAACCAUCAAGACUAAUGGCACGGAUGGACCUCAAGUCAACGCUAAAACGAAAAGCAGUAGUGAAUCGAACAGCUUCGAAAAGCUCAAGCAAUUUUUCAUUCACAGUCGAUGUCUUAUUAUUAUAGAAAAAGAUCUGUUUUUCAGGAAUUUUACGAUUUUCGACUUCCGUUCUGUACUUAUCGCAAAACAGAUGACUUAUCUGGAUGCGGAAUUAUUUCAUUUGAUUGAGCCGGCCGAAAUGCUUUGGUGGGCGCAAGAACAAAAUGAGAAGAAAAGCCCAAAUCUCUGUCGUUUCACGGAACAUUUUAACAAGGUCUCCUACUGGGUAAGAACGCUUGUUUUAGAGUCAAAUGAGCAAAGAACUCGCGAAAAAGUGAUGAUGAAAUUCAUCAAAAUAAUGAAGCAGCUGCGAGCAAUGGGCAAUUAUAAUUCCUAUUUGGCAAUAUUAUCGGCACUGGAUUCCGGUCCAAUUCAACGGUUAGAUUGGUCGAAGCAGAUCACUGAUCUUUUGAAGGAACACUCUGUGGUUAUGGACAGUUCUCAUUCGUUCAAAAAUUAUCGCACACUGUUAGCUGAAAGUCGUCCUCCAUGUUUGCCUUACAUAGGUCUUGUUUUGCAAGAUCUAACGUUUGUACACAUUGGCAACAGUGACUACCUUCAGCCAGAGCAAUGCAAUGGUAAAAGAAAUCUCUUGAAUUACGGCAAAAGGUGGCAGCAAUUUGCUAUUUUGGAUAGCAUCCGACGUUUUAAAAGCUGGUAUGUUUAG